AUGGAUGAAAGUGGAAUAAUAGGAUAGAUGAUACUCGAAAGUAGUGGUAGAAUUAAAAAGGUAAUAAAUUGAAUCAAUAUUAAGAGUAGUGGUACUUUAGAUAAUCCUAAAUUAAUCCCAUUUAUAACAACUAUUGUUUCAUCGACUGCUAAGAUUUUAGAUAAAUAAUCGCUCAAUAGAGUAACAUGUAAAUUCAAAAUAUAUAAUAGUAAGUUAUUAAGAAUCAGAUAUUAUAAUUUACAUCGAUUAAACAGACAUAGUUGUUUUAGAAAGAAAAAAAUGA